AUGCUGAGAUGCUCACAAAGUGACAAACAGCGCUCCUCGUGUCUUCUUCCUUCCCCAGCAACGCAUCAAAACGCAAUGAAAGACGACUUUGCAGACGAGGAGGAAGUACAGUCUUUUGGAUACAAGCGAUUUGCCAUCCAGGAAGGCACCCAGUGCACCAAGUGUAAGAAGGAAUGGGCGCUGAAGACCUCCAUAGCUUUGCUCUAUGUGCUGUGUACUCUACUCACCAUAGCUGUUGCUGUACUUGGAUAUAAAGUGGUGCAAAGAGUCGACAGAGUGUCUGCAGGCAUUGCCAACUAUGGGGGGAAGAUUAUCGCGGUGGAGUCUGACUUGAAAAAGUUAGAUGAUCAAAGUGGUGAAAAGUCUGAGAACACCACUACAGCAAUCCAUGCCUUCAAAACAAAGGUUUGGGCCCUGCAAAGGCAGCUGUCCACCAUGGAGGAGCAUCUCCACGCCGACCAGGUUCAGCUGAGCCACCUGCAAAACCUCGGCUCGGAAAUCCAGAGCAAUCAGGCCUCCAUCCGAAGUCUGUUGGACAUCAACACAGCCGCCUUGCGCUUCGUCAACGGCACUCUGCAUUCCUACAGCAGCAUCCUCGGGGGUCUGCAGGAUGACACGACCCGUUUGCAGAAGGAACUCCAGCAACAAGUGAAGCUCCAAAACCAGAUCUUGCUGAGCAUCGGCGGUCUGAACCUCACCCAGGCACAGCAGCGUGGCCUCAUCGAGGCUCUGCAUCGCUCCGUUGACGACACCGGUCAGAACAUCCAGAAAGUCCGCAAUGACUUUCAAAGCCUGGAGCAGAGCACCAGGCAGACGCUCUCUGAUACCGAGUGGCUUCGGACUAAAGUGGAUAACCUGCAGAUUCUUGCGACUAACGCCUCGGUUCUCUCCAAAGCCAACAACGAUAGCCUGGAGGAAGUCGGAUCCCAGCUGGCGUUUGUUUCCGGCCAGUUGCAGAACACCAGCAACUUGGCUGAUGCCCAUGACCAGUCCCUGAAGGAGAUCCUCGACCAGCAGAGGGAUUUCACCAACCUCACGUCAUCUAAAUUCGAACGUCUAGAGGUACGACUGGACGAUACGGAGCAGGGCUUGGACCGUGUGACGGGCAACGUCAGCUUUACCACGCAACUCUUGGGCGCCAUCAACCUCAACCUGAACUCCUUGCGGGGUUACUCUGAAACGGUUUCUCGCCACUCGGACAUUCUGGUGAGCCUCAACAGCAGUGUGGCUGGCGUGAAGGUGGAUGCGGCUGGUUUGCGAUCCCAGCAGGAGGACUUGGCGGCACGAUUGGAUAAGGAAGUGACCAGUCUCUCUAUCAUCAUGGAGGAGAUGAAGUUGGUGGACACCAAGCACUCCCAGUUGAUCACCAACUUCACCAUCUUACAGGGGCCUCCUGGUCCUAGAGGGCCACGAGGGGACAAAGGACCUCAAGGACCAAUUGGCCAGUCAGGUCAGAAGGGCGAAAAAGGGGACAAAGGUGCCUCAGGAAUACGUGGCCCAAGAGGGGAGCAAGGUAUUCCUGGCCCGCCAGGUCUACCAGGAUUAAGAGGCCUUCCAGGCAUCCCGGGGAAUCCAGGGUCCAAGGGCACCAGGGGAUCAGGGGGAAGGGCUGGACCUCCUGGCGGUAAAGGCGAGCCGGGUACCGCUGGCCUGCCUGGAAGGGACGGCCAGCCUGGUCCUCAGGGGGCACAGGGUCCACCUGGCAUCCGGGGUCCAAUAGGGCCGGCUGGAGAGCAGGGGCCAAGGGGACUGCAAGGACCGGUGGGUCCUCCAGGGCCUGGGGGACCACCAGGACCACCUGGGGCUCCCACUCAGGGAGCUGUUAGUGCCUUGAGUCCAGUGCCUCUCCAAGAUGAAGCAGUUGCUCCGACACUAGGGGACACAGCUUGCUCACCCGAGUGGCUUCACUACAGGGACAAGUGCUACUUGUUCGCCAAAGACUUGCACAGCUUUGAUGACGCAAAGGCAACUUGUGAACUCAAACUGGGUUCCUUGUUGACCAUCGAUGACACAGAGGAACAGACAUGGCUUCAGAAGCAGACGCACGGCAAGGGCUACUUCUGGAUGGGUCUUACUGACCGGGCGGAGGAGAGUGUUUGGCGCUGGCUGGAUGGCAGCCAACCGGCUUUCACGAGGUGGAAGCCCGGCCAGCCGGACAACUGGGGCCACGGUCACGAGAGCGGCGAGAACUGCGCGGGGCUGAUCCACGACGGCCUUUGGAACGAUUUCUUCUGUGAAGACCUCAUAAGUUACAUUUGCCAGAAGCCACAGAUAGAAUCUCGUAGCAGUGAAGGCGGGGAAUGGGAGGCGGGCAGCUAG